UGGCCGGUGACAGUUACAAAUCACAACAGUGCUAACCUUAUAACCAAAACCUACUCCGUCUUUUAUAUUAGAAAUAUUUAAUUUAUAGUUGAAUUUAAUAAUAAUUUAAGAUAGUUGAUUAAUUUUAGUGUCUCGUAUUUCAAUUUAUUGCAGUAAACAUGGAUCCUGCACUUAUCAGAGAAAGGGAAUUGUUUAAAAAGAAAGCGCUAACCACUCCAACUAUUGAAAAGAAGAAAAAAGAAACCGUGAAAGAUCCACGUGAUGAAAUCAAAAAGAAACCGAAACCCUCGACGGUGUCAUCGACACCAAAACUCAAUGUGGUCAAUUAUAAAUCGAUGAGUGGUAGUUCGCAAUAUAAAUUUGGAGUUUUAGCAAAAAUUGUAAAACACAUGAAAACGAGGCAUCAAGAGGGCGAUGAUCAUCCUCUAUCUUUAGAUGAAAUUCUGGAUGAAACGAAUCAAUUAGAUGUUUCUCCAAAGGUCAAAUUUUGGCUCCAGUCCGAAGCAUUACUUCAAAAUCCAAAGAUAGAAGUUACACAUGAUACUAAAUUUCUCUUUAAAGCCAUGUAUAAAAUUAAAGACAAAAAAUCCCUUCUGAGAUUAUUAAAACAACAUGAUUUGAAAGGCUAUGGUGGAAUUUAUUUGGAAGAUAUUCAGGAAAGUUUACCUCACUGUGAAAAACAUUUAAAGAGUCUACAAAAUGAAAUAAUAAUCAUAAAUCGACCAGACAAGAAAAAAGUUAUAUUCUAUAAUGAUAAAACGGCGCAAGUUUUAUUUGAUGAAAUUUGGCUGAAUCUUUGGCGUUCUUCGGCAGUCGAUGCAAUGGAUGAUCAAAAAAUAGAGGAAAAUCUCGAGAAACAGGGAAUUAAAUCAAUGCAGCAUCAUGGUGUUAAAAAACUCUUGCCAAUGAAGAGAAAGAAACCAAAUAUGAAAAGGAAACAACUCAAAAAACCAAGAGACAACGAACAUUUGGCUGAUGUGCUGCAAAAUUACGAUGAAGCUAAAUGAAACAAAUAUUAUGAACAUUUUUAUGGUCAUAAAUUUUUGCGUGUCGAUAAAGAAAACUGCACCGAAACAGUUUUUGACUCUUGUAAAUAUGUAGGAGAACAAUUCUUUAUUUUUUUUGUAUAAAAAAAUUCCAAAGAGGAGUUUAAUUUACGAAAAUUCAUGAUUACAUGAAUGUGAAAUAGUAAGGAUUGUGCAUUUGUUUAAAGUUGCCAUUUUCAAGGUGAGAAUUUCGAUAUUAAAUAAAUCACAAAUUGAAAAUUUC